CAAGUUUUCAAUAAGUACGUUUAGUCUCAAUAAGGCUAGUCUACGGCAAUGAAGCUUCUCUAAUGUUGAUUCUGAAUCUGGCUAAAUCAUGCUUGGUUCGAAGUCCUCCAGACAGAAAGAGACUCCUUCGGCUAUCUUAUAAGUGAGUAUGGCAUUCGGUCACGGUACAAGCAACAGAAGGUAAGAGGAAGGCUGAGCUAUAAGUAAGCAGCUACUCCAUGGUGGAUCAGGACGAGAAUGAAUCCGGGAAUCAAGGGCGAGUGAGAGCUAGAGACCUCCCUUUAAAUGAAGUCCAUUCGGCCCCAUCUUGAUUCAUCCAAAACUGGGGACUAAAGACUACACCCCCGGGGGAACAGAGGGGACAACUCUUCUUCUCUCCCUUAGGGUGGGUGGCUUUCUUUCACUUCAACUAGGGGACAGGCACCGGGGUUUAUUAGUAAUCGACCAUUUUUACUUCCUUAGAGGAGAAGCCAAUGAAUUGUGUGAUUUGACUGUUCUCGGUAAAGUGGUUAAACAGCUAGUGGCGUGUACCAAAGGUUAUCUUGUGCGUCUGUUCGCAGGAGAUGAAAAAGGCUUUGAUUGUGUAAUAGCUUCGUGCUUAGGUCCCUACUUCAUUUUGUUUGAUAAAUGAAAAUAGUGUCCAUUGAUACCAACUAGUUAUAGAGUGACCGUUUACACACCUUCUCGGGCCAGUGUAGUGGAUCUUUCCCAUUAUGACAGUGAAACGAUCAAAAGAUGCCGAUUAGAAAGGCAAGGCCGAAGCUUGACUAAUGAGGGCUAGUCUUGCUUCUCCAGCUCCACCAGAGCAUUUCAAAAGAGCGCUCGGGAAUAAAGCCUAAUCAAAGCGGGCAAAGAGAAAGAUCGUGUAACUUGACAGGUGCAGCCACGACGGCUUGUUCCUCAACCGCAGUAGCUCUUGUUCUUCUUCCUUCUCAGAGGUCGAUUCAGCAGCUUCAGUGACCUCCAUGGUUAGUCUUUGUAUUGCAGGUUCUAAUCCUGAGAUGGAUUCUUGUGGGCCAGCCUCCGGAGGGAUAGCUUCGCUCCUGGGUUCCAGGGAUGGCUCCAUCUCGGUUGUGGAUCUAAUCAGCUCCAUCAGACCGCCUGCCUCCACAGUGAAGCUUCCGGCCACUGCUUCCACAGCAGGACAGGAGUAGAAGUGAGUGCUUCAGGUGGAGUUGCUUCGACGCUCUCAACCUGGUUUGGAUCGUUUGACUAUGGCUCCGCGUUCUUGACAAUCAUAAGCUCGAUCACGAGGGUCCAAAUCAGGGUCUCCAUCUCGCCUUAUUAAAUAAGUCCGGGCAAAUCUACAUUUUCAGAAGUGUUAGGUAUAGCUCAGGAGAUGGGAUUGGAUCCGGAAUUAGAAUUGGCUCUGCAUCAUCUGGAACUAAAUAAGCUUCGGGGUCUUGAUUGAAAUUAGAAUCUGCAUAUGGAAUUAGAACCGGGCUACCCCAUGAUCGUGAUUGGAUCAGAAUUAGGUUGUGAUAAACCACGCCUUAUGACGAAAGGGGAGCAUUACGUCCGAUCAAGACACCAGUCUGCCCUCUAAUCUAAUGGAGGGUGCUAUGGAAGAAAUUAGGCACUGAACUGAGGUUUAGCAGUGCAACUCACUCAGGACGGCCAGACUCCAGUCGUCGGUUUACUGGAAGACUUGCUGAGGAGCUUAGUGCAAGGGAGACCGAGCAAGUGGGAAUAAGUUCUUCCAACUGCAGAGUUUUCCUAUAAAAACGAUGUGAAUCGGCCUAUGUUAAGUAAGGGGGGAAGUCACCAUUCGAAGUGGUGUAUGGUAAGAGGACUAAGAAUAAGGGGGAAGCGCAGCGAUCAAAGCUUUGGUUUAGGGCCCACCUAGGUUUGGUUUAAACGAAAGAAGAGAUCUUUCUAGCGAUUCAGUUACUAGAGGGUUCCAAACCUAGCCUUCCAAUAUGAGAGCGAGACAAGCAAGCACGAAAAUAAAAGCUUCUAUAAUAUAAAUACGGAUACGCCCAAUACAUCGAAACUCAUUGCCCAUGGAUAAAGACCGUUUCGACAUCAAAAACAACAAAAACUAAAGCAGUAAUAGCGGAUUCGGAAUUGUAACCAAGCAUCCCCAUUGGUUCUAUACCCGAUUCAUAACUAGAGCAUGCAGCCGAUAAUGGAGACAGAUAUAUAGAAAGUGUGCAGUGAUGGAUCUUUAUAGGUAGCCAGUCUUUACAACACUCGGCCCAAGCGAGAACCAAGCAAGUCCAUAAGCGAAGAAGCAAGUCCUGAGCGCUAGCUGAUCUACGACCACCGUUGCUUGUUCGCGGAAGGACUUGCUUCUUUCUGGCGCGCGUCAGCGCUUAUGGAGCAAGAAAACUACUGCGCUAACGCGCCGCGCUAGCAGCAAUCAAACUACUGCGCGUGCUAACGCGCCCCAUGCAACCAAGCAACGGCUGAGCUAGCUGAUCGUAGAGCACCGUUGCCUUGACUCUGUUAGGGGCGAAGUAGUUUGAUUGCUGGAUGCGCUACCGCGCUUUACUUACUCUAAAGGGCGCGCUAGCCGUUGCUUGGUUCUGGCGCGCUAGCGCUCAGGACUUUCUUCUUCGCUGAGGGAGUGGAUUCUUUGCUCCCAUGCCUUUCUUGGUCGGACCAACCCAACCGGCGAUUUCCGACAAGUCUUUCUGAAUUUUUAGAGCAUGAAGCGGAACUACAGGGAUUAAAUAAAAAGUGUUUCUUACGAUUACGCCCAACAGCCCACUUGAGCAAUUUGCCAUUCUCCCAUUGAUUCCUAUGAAUAUAGGAAACUUGUAUUUCUCAUUCACAAAUCCAUCUUUGUCUAUGCUGCUAACUCUCAGUUUGGUCCUACUUCUGGUUCAUUUUGUUACUAAAAACGGAGGGGGAAACUCAGUACCAAAUGCUUGGCAAUCCUUGGUAGAGCUUAUUCAUGAUUUCGUGCCGAACCCGGUAAACGAACAAAUAGGUGGUCUUUCCGGAAAUGUUAAACAAAAGUUUUCCCCUCGCAUCUCGGUCACUUUUACUUUUUCGUUAUUUCGUAAUCCCCAGGGUAUGAUACCUUAUAGCUUCACAGUUACAAGUCAUUUUCUCAUUACUUUGGGUCUCUCAUUUCCGAUUUUUAUUGGCAUUACUAUUGUGGGAUUUCAAAGAAAUGGGCUUCAUUUUUUAAGCUUCUCAUUACCCGCAGGAGUCCCACUGCCGUUAGCACCUUUUUUAGUACUCCUUGAGCUAAUCCCUCAUUGUUUUCGCGCAUUAAGCUCAGGAAUACGUUUAUUUGCUAAUAUGAUGGCCGGUCAUAGUUCAGUAAAGAUUUUAAGUGGGUCCGCUUGGACUAUGCUAUGUAUGAAUGAUAUUUUAUAUUUCAUAGGAGAUCCUGGUCCUUUAUUUAUAGUUCUUGCAUUAACCGGUCCGGAAUUAGGUGUAGCUAUAUCACAAGCUCAUGUUUCUACGAUCUCAAUCUGUAUUUACUUGAAUGAUGCUACAAAUCUCCAUCAAAGUGGUUAAAAAUUUAUAAUUGAACAAAAAGCGAGGG